AUGGCCGUGCUCUUCAGGUGUGCGUAAUGCUCUUGCUCUUGCUCUGUCUCUCUCUCUCUCUCUCUCUGUCUGUCCGUCUGUAAGUGUAGAUGCAUAUAAAUAAUAUAUGUGUGUGUGGUGAAUACAUGGCAUAUGUAACAACCAAGAUGCUCUGGACAGAGCAACAGCAUACAACCCCUCCAAGUUGCGGUAGCAGACAACCCUUCACGCUGCCUUUACAGCUCCACCCAAAAUAGCCUCCCCUCUACCCCAACCCCCCUAAAUAUUAAUCUCUCUAUCUCUCUCUCUCUCAUCUUCAAGGCCACAUCUUGCCACCGAAAAUCUUCUCUACUGCUGGUGUCAUCAUAUACAGCAUCUUCUACUUGGUUUGGUUUUCCAUUCUGGCUUCUGUCUCCCUCUGAAACUUGUUCACCCACCGCCAUUGAUUCUUGCUCUAUUUUAACUUCUGUUGUUUUACCCUUUUCAAAUUUAAUUUUUAUAACUGGUUCAGAGAGCUGGUCUGAGUGGGUUGUGGUUGUUGUUGUUGUUGUGGUUGCACAAAUAGUAGUAGAAGUAAACCCUGAUCGUGCGUCGGUGCGGGGUCACUUUCUGUCGGCAUUUUUGCUGUUAUGCUGACGCACAGUUAGCCAUUUGCAAUUACAAUUAUUCUCAAUUCCCAAUCCGCCGCUCUCCAACUACAAAGCCCAGAUAGAUAGACAGAUGAUUCUGCUUCUGAGGGGUUCGAUUAUCCGAUUGAUUGCCGGAAGUAGCAAUCGCAGCGGAAGCGGCGCCGCUUCGAGCAUUUGAAAUUCGCCUGACAGCUGGGCGAUUCCCCCCUGAUUUCCUCUUGCAUUUGUCUAUUCGAAUCGCGGAUCUUCAACUCGGCGAUGCUGUUCUAUUUCGAUCUGAAGCUCUCGUCUGCUGCAGCAAUUAUCCGAAUUGCCAUUGGCAAAUGAUGCUCGACAGGUUCCAUGUGUGAUAACUCACGUCCAACCAUCCAAGUUUUUCUUAACUCAGCAGCUGAAGUGGUGCCCGGACCAAAUGUCAACGACUCUUGCAGCAAUACUGGGAGGAGCUGCAGGAGCCGUGGCAUUGGUGGUGAUUGUGAUUAUAGUUAUAUGGUUCUGUCUAUUUCGUGGCAGAAGUUUUUCAAGAACUUCUGAGACAGGCUCUUCUGAACCAUCCCAGGCAGGAAGACCUCUUGCGAUUGAGAUGACCAUGCGAGAAUCAAGGCGCUUUGAGUUGGAAGAAUUAUCUUUGGCUACAAAAAAUUUCAGUGAUAAAAGUUUGAUUGGAGAAGGAAAAUUUGGGGCGGUAUACAAAGGCUUGCUAAAUGAAGGGAUGCUUGUAGCCAUAAAAAAGCGUGCUGCUCCACCAAGCCAGGAAUUCAUUGAAGAGGUUCGAUAUCUCUCAUCCAUUCAACACCGGAAUCUUGUGACGCUUUUAGGCUACUGCCAGGAAAAUGGUCAACAGAUCCUUGUUUACGAGUAUAUACCUAAUGGAAGUGUUUCCAUUCACUUGUAUGGUGCUGGUCAGGUCUCACAGGAGAAGCUAGAAUUUAAGCAUAGGCUUUCUAUAGCUCUAGGUGCUGCUAAAGGUUUGGCUUAUCUCCACUCUUUAAGCCCACGUUUGGUGCACAAGGAUUUCAAGACAGCAAAUGUUCUUGUGGACGAAAAUUUCAUAGCUAAGGUUGCAGAUGCGGGUGUCCGCAAUUUCCUUGGGAGAGUUGAUAUUGCGGGGCCAUCUUCUCUAGUGGCAGCAGAUGAGAUAUUUCUUGCUCCAGAGGUUAGAGAAUUCAGAAGAUUUUCUGAGAAAAGCGAUGUAUACAGUUUCGGGAUAUUCCUUCUGGAGUUACUAAGCGGGCGGGAAGCAAUGGGCUUGCUGUCUUCGGAUUAUAACCAAAACCUGGUCGAAUGGGUACAUAAUUGUCGGGACUCUGGCACGAUAUCUGACAUCAUCGAUCGGCGACUGGGAAACAGCUUCACCGCGGAAGGGAUGGAAGAGUUCAUCCAUCUGAUAGUGCAGUGCGUGGACCCGUCGAGCGAGAGACGGCCGGCCAUGAGCUACGUGGUGAUGGAAUUGGACCGAAUACUGGAGAAAGAGAUGAGCCUAACGACCAUCAUGGGAGAAGGAACCCCGGUUGUCAUCCUCGGAAGCCAACUUUUUACGGCCUCAAAAUGAUUCACCUUUCUUUCCUUCCUUCUUUGCCUUCAUCAUAUAUUAUAUAUAUAUAUAUGUCCAUAUAUAUAUAUAUAUAGUGUGUUCUUUUCUUGGUGAGAGAUAUUUCAUUUCAUUUUUUUAUUUUUCCAAAUACCCCCUCGCCCCCCCCAGAAGAAGAGUUACAGCCAGCCAGCCAGCUGUUUG